AUGGCUCCGCGUCUGUGCAGCAUCUCCGUGGCGGCGCGGCGGCUGCUGGGGGGCCCGGGGCCGGGCCCCCGGGACGUUGCGGCGGUGGCUGCGGCGCGCUUCUAUUCCAAGGACAAUGAAGGCAGCUGGUUCCGGUCCCUCUUUGUACACAAGGUGGACCCCAGGAAGGAUGCCCACUCCACGCUGCUGUCCAAGAAGGAGACCAGCAACCUCUACAAGAUCCAGUUUCACAAUGUGAAGCCCGAGUGUCUGGACGCCUACAACAGCCUGACGGAGGCCGUGCUGCCCAAGCUGCACCUGGAUGAGGACUACCCCUGCUCGCUCGUGGGCAACUGGAACACGUGGUACGGGGAGCAGGACCAGGCAGUACACCUGUGGCGAUUCUCGGGGGGCUACCCAGCCCUCAUGGACUGCAUGAACAAGCUCAAGAACAACAAGGAGUACCUGGAGUUCCGAAAGGAGCGGAGCCAGAUGCUGCUGUCCAGGAGAAACCAGCUGCUCCUCGAAUUCAGCUUCUGGAACGAGCCACAGCCCAGAGCUGGCCCCAACAUCUACGAGCUGAGGACGUACAAGCUCAAGCCAGGAACCAUGAUCGAGUGGGGGAACAACUGGGCCCGGGCCAUCAAGUACCGGCAGGAGAACCAGGAGGCGGUGGGCGGCUUCUUCUCGCAGAUAGGAGAGCUGUACGUCGUGCACCACCUCUGGGCCUAUAAGGACCUGCAGUCUCGGGAAGAGACCAGAAACGCUGCCUGGAGGAAGAGGGGCUGGGACGAAAAUGUCUACUAUACAGUCCCCCUGGUGCGGCACAUGGAGUCUCGGAUCAUGAUCCCUUUGAAGAUCUCACCUCUCCAGUGA